CGAUUUUGCUCGAUGCGCAGCGUAGCACAAAGCGACGCAAUACAUCGAGCGUUGUAGUCUACACGAACAGGAGUCAGCAUUCGUCGCGACGAGACUGCUGCAUCGAUCCUUGCAAGCUCUCAACUAGUGUGUGCUGCCACCAAGCACAGCGAGCUAUUGUCGCCGCAUUGCUGCGCACGCCGCCGCAGCCGUCGCUCUACGCCGUCGCUGCACGCCGUCGCCGCGCAUCGCUGCUGCACGGCUCUAGUUCUGCGGACAACGCGGCGUCAUGGCGGCCCAAGCCGAGGCCGCGAAGGUGACGAUGGCCUUCGACCAGGACGAGUUCUUCGCGUGUGCGCGGUAUGGCGAGUUGGACGAUCUGAAGAAGGAGCUGGAAAAGGGUGCGGACGUCAACGGCAAGGGUCCUGGGGGUUUGACGGCGCUGCAUGCGGCCUGUGCGAACGGCCACGAGGCCAUCGUGAAGGAACUACUCGCGAGGGGCGCGGACACGACACUAGCGAACGACGCGGGCAACACCCCGGCCCACUACGCGGCCCAACAAAAACAGGCGGCUUGUUUGAAACUCGUACUGACGGACUCGCUCAAAAAAAACAAUUUUGGGAGAAGCGCGUUAACGGAGGCCAUCGCGUCCGGCGACGGCGCGUGUGCCACAAUAGCGUUAGAACACGAUUCGGCAGCGGAGGAGAAGAUUAUUGAGGGGUUGGAGAAGGUCGACACUGACGAUGCGCCACAGACAAUUACGCAUGCCCUGAAACUAGGUGAGAAACCGAUACGUAUCCGAGAACUGCCGAUCGCCGAUAAAAGUACGGACGCUCUAGGAGACGGGUCCGGCGCGACCGAUAGGACUGGGUUAGGCGUCUGGGCGGCCGCAGUUGUGCUCGGAAGAUGGCUCGCCUCGCAGCAAAGUGAUUUUGAAAAAAAACGUGUUGUCGAAUUAGGCGCAGGCUGCGGCGUCGGGGCCCUGGCUCUAGCGUCAGCUUGUACGUCGUGUUCGGUGGUCGCCACGGACGCCUCCCAAGAGGCCCUCGAGAACUGUCGACACAACGCGGACUUAUUUGAACAGGACUUCGGGAAUCCGGACGUGAGUGAUGGCCCCCUCAAACAGACGAAGCGGAUCAGUGUGCAGUCCCUAGAUUGGGAUUCUCCGGUAGAACCCGUGUGCGGGCGGCCGGCGCCUCCGUUAACCGCGGAUCCCGAUUUAUUUAGGGAAUCAGGAGCGAUGUUCGCGGCGGGUUACGAUCGGGGCGCCGGCAAGGCGCGGGAGCACUGCGAUGUGGUUGUGGGUGCGGAUCUCGUGUAUUCGGCCGACGUGGUAGAAAAAUUGUGCAAGACGAUCGUGGCUUUGGGCUGUUCCCGCGUGUACUACUGCGCACCAUCAACAGGUCGGGCUGGUUCCCAGGAGUUUCUGGAGAGGUUGGAGAAGCUGGGCUUCGACCGGAGUUCCAUUGAUGCGCCUGCGGCUUACUCUGAGGCCCCUUGUGAUGAAGCGGCUCUGUAUUUCCCGGACCUAGCCCAAUCCAAGUUCAAGCUCCACACGUUCACGCGGCAGGAGCCGGCGUCUCCCUCGUAUCAAGCUAUGUCGUAUCUCAUACGGGAGGAUUUGAAGAGCGGCAAAUUGGAGCGGGGCGGGCGCGGAAAACGCGCGUCCCUCCCCAAGGAGCUGCGCAAGCCCACCAUGAUGCCCAAGGGCGUCAAGCGCGAGAAGGCGGGCAUCCCGAACGACCCGUCGGACCCGCUGCCGCCGCGGCGGUACCCGCACAACCCGCAGGAGGACGACACGCCCGAGUCGAUAAAGAGAAGGGAGCGGGAGCUCCUCGACGACGCCGUGCGGAAGACGGGCCUGCCCGUCGCCGGGGAGCCCGUGCCGGCGUGUACCGGGGCGGGGGCGUUCGGGUAUUCGUCGUCGAAGGCUAAGAAGUAGCGA